GAGACAGCUUCAAAAAGAUCAAGAAAAAGCGGCUGGCGUGCCAGAAAAUGGUGCCAAUGAGUCUGCCAUGUCUAUUCCUCGGCCUGGUAGCCAGGAAGAAAAGAAUAGUUCAGCCCCUAGCGACAAAUUGGGCUCGCAAGAAAAUGAAGUAACUUCGCCGCAUGGAAUCCCACAGCAACCCGACUUACUCAUGCUGACGCCGACACAUCAUACCGAGAAGACUGCUCUCGGAUAUUCACUGGCUGGAAUCAGUGCAAGAGAUCGGACUACCAGGGAGGGCAAAGGCGGGCAUGUCUUUGUGGUUGGGUGGGACGGAGAGGACGACCCGAUGAAUCCACACAACUUCAGCCAGCUAGUGCGAGUUGGAACUACAUUGAUGGUUGCAGCAAUUGCGUUUGUGGUAACUGCAUCAUCUUCGAUUGAUGCUGCAAUCUUACCUCAAGCAGCUGCAGAAUUUGGGGUAAGUGAAGUUGUUGAGGCAUUGGCAACAGGAAACUACUUAAUAGGAUUUGGAAUUGGAGCCUUAUUUGCGGGACCAUUGUCCGAGACGUUUGGGAGAAACUUGGUAUACAUAGGAUCUCUUGUCUUAUUCUCGAUCUUCAUCAUGGCCUCUGGACUCGCUCCAAAUAUCGGUGCUCAAAUCACAUUCCGAUUUCUCGCCGGAUUCUUCGGAUCCCCCCCCCUUACAUGCGCUGGAGGCACCGUGUCAGACCUCUGGAAUCCCUUGGAGAAAACCUACGCAUUUCCCCUUUUUGCAAUUUCGGGAUUUGGAGGUCCCACCUUGGGACCAGUGAUCGGAAGUUACAUGGGUACAGGAGCUCCAAGCUGGCGUUGGACCGAGUGGGUCAUCUUGAUUAUUUCAGGAACCGUCCUGACCCUCGUCAUUCUCUUGCAACCUGAAACCUUUCCUCUCUUGCUGCUGAAGUGGAAAGCCCAACAUCUUCGUAGACUUACUGGAGAUGACCGAUACCGGGCAGAGAGCGAAAUCGUACACCAAACUCUCUGGCAACGUCUGCGGGUAGCAUUGACAAGGCCAUUCGCUCUGGCCCUUGAGCCUAUUGUUAUGCUGAUGACGAUUUACCUUACCAUGCUCUAUAUCGUACUCUUCACCUUUCUCGACGGUUUUACCUUCAUCUACUCCGACGUGUACAAAACACCGCAAGGCUUAACAAAUGUUCUCUUUGUAGCCAUGUUCAUUGGAGUUCUUCUUGGAAUGCCCUUGGUUGGAGUAGUCUAUUCGUGGACUCGCAAAGACCUCGCGCGAAUACGCGCCCACGGCGGCUCCCAGAUCAACCCAGAGUAUCGUCUGUGGUUUGCUAUGUUCGGUGGCUCCAUCGGCAUCCCCCUCUCCUUGUUCUGGAUGGCGUGGACCGACUACUCAUCUAUCAGUAUCUGGUCUCCCAUUGCGGCGGGAGUACCAUUCGGCUACGGCAUUAUUUGCAUAUUCCUCAGCGCAUAUAUGUACAUCAUCGACUCCUACGAAAUGUAUGCAGCGUCGGCCUUGACCUUUGUAACUCUCGUACGAUAUGUCGUGGCUGGUGGGAUGACUGUAGUCGGCAUUCCUUUCUACAAAAACCUGGGCACACACUGGACGUUGACGAUUCUCGGUUGUAUUAGCGUUUUGAUGGCGCCAAUACCGUAUCUGUUCUACAAGAAGGGGUACGAAAUUAGGAAACGCAGCAAAUUUGCCGUUAAUCGAGAGGAGUGAAUUUGGAAAGGAUAUUAUACAACUACCGUGUGUGAUUAUGGACUCUCUUGAUUUGGCAAAGAAGUGGGAGACAUGGAAAUAGAAGGUUGUAAUAGUCUAGUCUGCAGGUCCAGUUGCGAAGGCCACUCGUUCGAUCUACCCUACCGCGUUAAUUUGUAUUAUUCCUUUUAAGUUGUAACUCGUAACAAGGAAACCAUUUUUCCUCUCUGAACUCUGAACAAUCUCUUGGUCG